CAUCCUCUGUGUUGUUAUUGUAGCUUGUCGCUGCACAGAGGAGGGGGUUUGAGCAGGGGUUGGAAGAGAGACGUGCAGCAGGCAGCAGGCGCAGUGAUUGGUCAGACGCUCCACGCUGCACAAACCUAAACAGCAGCGUAAAGCAGACACGACCUGAGGAUGAAGCUGCAGAAGCUGGAGCAUCCUCUGCAUCCAUCCGAGACAGACGCACAUAGCCCGAGGACAGGGAAAUCAUUGAAACAGCAACGUGUUCGGGUUGUGCAUGAGAGCAUGGUGAUAAAUUAGCCUGUGGAGCGAUAUUGUUGUGUUUCUGCAGCAGAGCCUCCGUCAGUCUGCUGCUGAGCGCCAGACAGCACGGCGCUGUUUUCAACCAUCCACUGAGGAGGAGCAUCUGCUGACAGGAAAAACCGGGACCGAUCAUGGGUUUGUCCUUUUGGUAACAUUGUCUGAGCCUGUAUCUGUUGACAUAGAAAAAUAAUAACACCAUGGGUUCCAGACUGAGCAGGCAGGGCAGUUUGGACAAUGAGAAUUUCGCCAAAAAGCGACGCAAGCUUCUGGAAAGCGGUGGAGAGAGCGACAGGGGCAGCCGGGGCGGCGGGGACUUUCUGUUUGCACUGAUGCUCAAAUCAGACAAACUGCCGGGGAUGCUGCGGAGGACCAACCACAGCCCCUACAUGAGGAGAGUGACGUGGAUCAAAGAGAUACAGAAGCUGCUCCGUGACCGCAGGAUCGAGCAGGCGACCGACGUGCUCAAACUACUGAGGAAGGAUCUCGGUUUGGAAGGCUCUUCGCUCAACGACAUCUUAUACAAAAACGCUGCCUUCCUCAACCUGGUGGACCCCAUCUCCCACGAGCUGCUGCUCAGCCUUGCUCGAGAGAUGCAGUGUCCAAAGAAGGAUGCAGACACCAUAAAGUCCUCUGAUAAGAUUUGCAGACAGCUCAUCUACCACCUGACCCCACACUCAAAGUGGCUGAGGCAGAGCAUGUCCAGACGGAAAUCCCAGGCCUGUCUCAAGAAGACCCUUCAGAAAAAGCUCUCAAAUGACUCAGUUGACCUAUCUGGCAUCCCCCUGUCCACCCGUGAUGUACGUCAGGUCGCCUUCUACCUCCAGAACAACAGAGACAGCGUGGUGGCUGUGGACAUCAGCUUCACUGAGCUCCAUGACGAGAACCUGAGGAUUCUCCUGCCCUUACUCGCCUCACUGCCCAAACUAAGCACCCUGGCUUUAAACGGAAAUCGCCUCACCCUCGGUAUCAUCAAAGACCUCACUGAGAUGCUCAAAGACCCCAAGAUGUUCUCCAACCUGGCCUGGAUCGACCUGGGCAACAACGUGGAUAUCUUCACCAUGCCUCAGCCGCUUCUAGUAGCGUUACGCCGUCGCUGCAGCCUGAAGAGCAGCUUACCAACAAUCUACGAGUACACUGAGGGUCAACCCUACUGCUACCACCUGGAGACUUCUAUUGAGGAGCCCAGCCACUAUGAGGAAGAAGAGGAGGAAGAGGCAGAGGAGGAGGAGGACGACGACAUGGGGAACAGAUUCGACCUGGAGCCAUGGUCUUUAGAGGAGAAGCAGCUCUCCAAAGACUUCACCCUUCACUACUGUGAGAGGUGAUGGGGUAUGGUCUCAUACAGGCUCUUCACACUGUGGUUGAAACGUUGUACCACCGCAGUCUGAUACUUCCUUUGCCCUUUUGCCCUCACACCACGAGCCAGGUCAACCUUUGAGGCAUGAGGGAGACCAAUGCCCACAUUGUGAACUUCUCACCACAGCUACCAAGCUAUUCCUAACCAUCUCCGAGUUAACCCACACCAGAAGACAGUAAAGUGAUGACGGUGGACUUACCGUGUUGGUGGAUGGUGCUCUUGGGAACAAGAUGCGGUUUCAUUGGAGGGGGUCCGGAAGAGUUAAAAAACCGGUACUCUCUCUCUCUCUCUCUCUCUCUCUCUCUCUCUCUCUCUCUCUCUCUCUCUCUCUCUCUCUCUCUCUCUCUCUCUCUCUCUCUCUCUUCCCCUCUGUCUUUCUGUCCCUCUCUUUCUAAAAUGGCAGCUGAAGAGCCAAUCCAAAGGAGAUUUAGAUCAGUUGGUUGGAUGGAGGAGAGACAUCCCGGCGGUGGCUAAAGUGAGACUGGAGUUAGUUUGGAAACAGAGGGUCCCUGUGGGUUCUCUACCAGGACUGAGACUAUCUCUGGCAGGCAGGGCCUAGCUCCACAUUGUGUGUUCUCUGUUAAUCUCUCAACAAAAGCUAUGACACAAGUUCAACAGACUAUACAGCCGUCGACCCGUCACGUGACGCCGGCAAAACUGCUAGGUCAAGACUUUUUGCGUUUUCCCCCCCUUUCCAAAUGUCCACUUGUGAAUACCCACGCUGCGCCUGUGUAGAUGUAAAUGAGGACAAAAAACAUGGCUCUGUUGUGUUUCCACAGGCUAUUUUUGUGCACUUUAGGUGAACAAAGCAAUCUUAGAAGACAACAGGUAGGACUCUACAAUGGAUAGAUUUUUUUUUUGUACUUGCUAAAAGCUGAUAUCCACCUCUUUGUAAUUAUUGAGCUGUUGUAAUCCUCACAUUUAGUGUUUCAGUUUAUUAAUGACACUUUAGCCAACUGUUUUUAUGGAUCACCUUGUAUGAGCACUUCCCAAACUGGCCACCCUACUGCCGUCUGUCUCUAUAAUAUGUUGUCUUUUCCAUUUAUUGAUGUACUUCAGUGACCCUGUGUUAGCAAUGAGACAGCUAUGACUGUUAUCUAUUUGUCAAAGUCCGUCUACGGUAGCACAUAAUGAUUAAGUUAGACUGACUGAAACAAUGCAGAGCACUUUAAAGGGACAAUUUCUUUCAUAUUUGAGUUUCCUAAUAGCAUAUACUCUGUGUACAUUGUUAUUUACAGCAGAUAUUUAUGAAGCUGAAGCUGAAUGCAUACCUCUUUAUGGUAAAAGAUGACCAAAUGGCUUAUGAUUGUUAGAAGGCUCAUUGAAAGCAACAUACCUGCACCACCAGAUAUAUAAUAAAUGUUUAAAUGUGUGUUUUAUGUGUUUGUACCAGAUAAGUGUCUGCUUACUGCUGUAAUUAUUUGUGUUAUUGUUUUGGUGUUUUGUCUUUUGUCAAAUAAUUAUGAUAAUGACUCUAAUAACUAUGAAACUGAGCACAGUGACCUCCUGCUGAUUGGUAAACAAAAAAGGCUAGUAGGAUUACACAACAAAUCAGAAAAUAGAGCAGUACAUUUAUUCAGUUUGGACACACUUUGUGUUGAAUGUUUAAGUUCAGUGAUGGAGACAACUGUCCAUUUGGUUCGUAGUUUGUUUUUGUGUCUCAACGUCAAACUCUUCCUUGUAGCCUGUGUGUACUUGUCUCAUGCCAGACACUGACUGCCAAUAAAAGAACCAAACUGAGAA